GCGCGCUUGCUUAGCGCAUAUUAGUUUACACUCUGUCAUUGAAACCAGUCUGAGUGGGCCGCGCUGAGCUGGGAAACCAGUUAGGUUGGAUAUUUACCUUCGUUUUCAGUGAUAUCCGUGGUCAGAGGGAAUUUGAAGUAUCUGUGUGAGAUGAAUCCUCGAGGGGGUGAGGCGUGAGGAUACUGGGGGGUAACCCCGACUAUCCCCCCACAGAUUUCGAACUUUAAUUUCUAAUAUAGGAUUACUUAAAUUGGAUAUUUCUGUGAUCGAGGUCCCGCCAGAGUCCCCGGACUUGGAGCUCACGAGGCGUGACGUGAUACUAAGUGAAGAUGGAAGAUACUCUCGGAGGCGUUGUGGCUGCAAGCAUCAUCUGCGGCGUCAUGCUACUCAUCACCAUUGUCGCUAUCUACUAUACAUGCAGGAGAUGCCGAGGAAUAUCUGAUGACAAAACAAGCCAGCAAGAUCCUCUGAUCAACGGCCACGUUCGUAACGGCUCUGUCCCCACGGUUUCCCGUUCGAUGCCCUACCCGAUAGCCCCGCCCACACGGGACCUCUACCAUUUCCCCACAAUGCCCACCCGCCACAUGGCUUCCUACAGGCCGCGGUAUAUCGAGGAGAGGGCCCCUGCAAGCCCCCCGAAACAAGACGGCACCAGCGUAACUGUGAGAGCACACACUUAUAACGGGCCCUACACACAGCAGCCGGGGGCAGUCGUAUACGAUGUCGCACAACCGAAAGGUUUCCGAAAUCAAAGGGUGCCGUUGUGGGCGCAGAAAAGUCAAGGAGAAGCGUAUGCAACGAUGACCCUUGGUGAAGAAAGUCCAACAGCGUCAGCUAACAAAGUGCCGCGAAAUGGUAAUAGUGAACGAGUGCCAGGGAACACAGAAAAAGAAUUUACAUUCAGUGAAACAAGAAGUUCCCGCACUGAAGACGUGGUCAUUCCCUCCCCGGACGAGACUCGCAGAGAGUAUUUGUUUACGAAAGAAGAAGACCCGCCAAAACUGCCGUCUGCUCGGCAACCAGCCAAUCAGGUACCUCAUCCAACAUCGGGAAAUGACGCAGAUUUUGAACCAGCCAAUGAAUGGGGGCGAGACUCGUUACAUGCGAGACAAAGGAAGCCGACUGACGGGUAUUUACCAGAGCGACUCCUUCCAGUCGUGUCAGGACAUCACACCAAAGCUCCUCACAGGGUAUACACUCCGCCGAUAGAGCGUGAUGAGGCAGUGUACAUCACAAGUAGCGUCCCGCAUCCCGUCUCUAACGACAACAUUCACCCCAUCAGCCAUCAGCCACCACAACAUUAUUACUUCACCGACGACGUGUACACCGUCAGCUCCAAAGUCAGUGAUAGAGGCAAAUACGUUGAUCAACCGUCCUCUGGCUAUCCCGGUGUGGCCACGUUUGCUCCGUCAGUAAGUUCCCCGGAUGUGAACCAAAACCCGCCCAAUUUUCGUGGCAGCUUCCCGGAACCAUUGGACACUGUAACUGAUCCAUCUGUUAUGUGGCCACCCCCGGACCCCAGAGCAAGUGGCGUAGGGCCAUCUCAGCCGAACAUGUUCACUCUUCAGGAAGAAUAUCAAAAUGAGGCUGAGAGAGGUUUGAGGGAAAGUCACACUUUUGACCGUAGAGUUAUUAAGUCAAAACGAAGACCUUCAUGGUUACGAAAUGCCGGGGCGUUGUUUUCAAGAGCGAAGAGAAAUAAAUAAUCGGCCGUAUGUUUAACAUACAAUGGUGGAGAGGGUGUCUUUCCUUUGUAAUGCUAUGUAAUCAGCAUGUGCUAUCGGUAUCCAUCACAGGUAAACUACGUAAUUCCCAAGGGUUAAUGAACAGCCCUGUGUUUCGUUAUUCUCGAUGAUUUUUCGUUGGUCACUUGAUGUGAUUCACGAAAGUGGUAUUCAGACACAUAUGACCUGCGUCACUCCAGGCUUUCCUCCCACAUUUUUCUGACGCGUACUGUAUAACUGAUUACUUUUAAGCAAUUUAACAUUCUAACACCAGUUUGCAGAUUACUCGAUUCUGAUUGGUCAAUUUAAGGUAUCAAAUCACAGUAACCACCUCUGAUUGAAACAGCCGUUUUGACGGCCGCAUCACCGUCGAAGUACUUCUUUCUCAGUUCUUGUCGGUAGGUACUUUUAAAUAAUGACAUGUACAAUUAUCAGUGACAGACCUGUACGGUUACUUCAGUAUUUAAGUAUGUGCGACAAUAGAUUUCGGGCAGAAAAUAAUAGUGACGCUGGUGCAGAGCUAAACCUUGCGAGCUUGCUUCAUUUUCGUUUUGGGUGCCUACUUUAUUUUGGCGUAUGAAGCAGCUGUGCUACACAUUUUCAAUGUCUGGCUGAAUGUGUACAACACAGACACCCAUAAAUUGUUUAUAGGCUCCUAUCGGUGUUUCCUCACGUCCAUAAUUUGUUAAUAGGCAGUUAUCAGUGUUUCCUGAAUUCAUAUUAAAAUCCCACUCAAAACAGUGGACUCAACCAAUGCCCCUUCACUCAGUGUCUUCCUAAGCACCAAAGAGUUCUCGUUAAAUUUUGCCAUGGUAGAAUGGAACUUUACCUACUUUGUUUUGAAAUAUUUGAAACCUAGCGCUAAAGCGCCAGUAAUGUUCAGAGGUAUCUAAUCUACAAUAAGGCGACCUAAAAUUUCAUAAAUGUCAAUGUCUUUGGUACACAUGACAACAGCACUGUGAACAUACAUGUACAAAGGAUCCUUGGCUAUAAAUAACCUUUGACUGUCCCUUAUUACCGUAAAUGAAUUCGUUGAAGUAUCUUCGUUUGUAGAGUGCAUAAUAUAUCUCGCUUGCAUAAUUUAUCAAUGUGUCGAUUCUGCAAUGUAUGUUUAAUCCACUGGCUUCUAAUUACCAACAUAUGAUAUAAGGUAUGUACAUAGAGUAUUGAUGACUGUUCUCUCAGUUGUAACUGUUCUAUCUUCUCAGUAGUUAUGGUGUAACGAUUGCUAAGACAAUCGAUGCAAUUCGAUUGGUUAUUACCUGAUGACGAUACAUCAAUGUUUAGUUAAAACAUCAAUAGUUUACAUCGAAACAGUUAUACAUUAUCUUUUCUGGUAGAUUCAUAAUAAACAAAUGCUGAUAUGUAUUCACAAUUAAUGUUGUUUUUUACCCAAAGACAUUUUCUUUGAAGAGACAAUAUCUAAUCUGAAUGAACUACCACUGCAAUUGUCAAUCUGUCGCAACACUCAUCCCCUGUGGAUAUGGUUUUAUGGUAACAAUUACAAAUCUCAAAGAUAAAAAAAAUAUAAUUUCUCAAAUCAUUGACCAUAAUUCAAAUCAAACCUGGUCGAUACAACAGCUCUGACAAUUGUGUGUUUUACCGUAUUGGUUGAAAGCUGUGCAGGGAAUAAACUCUCGGGUAAAAGAAAGUUUACACUCAUGUCUGAUGGUGGCUAAAAAUGAAAAAAACGAGAAACGGUUAUUCGAUGGUGACGUAUUUGAUUUUGACAUUACAGUUGUGUUUUAGACCUUGAGUUAAAAAAUCCAAAUCCAAUUUUCAAGUGUAUACUUCCUUUUGCCCGGCAUUUUAAAUUGAUUGUCUUUUCAUGAUGAUCAAUAACAGCACCAUAUCUUACACUAUUAUAAUACAGAACCACAUGGAUUUGGAAUUAUCCUAUUAUCGGCGUCUCCGUGAAUCAAACUUUUGUAAAGACACCUACCGGGGCUGAUUGAGCCAUCAUAGCGGGAAUAGCGUGAUAGUGUAAUCAUUUGUUGUGGAUGUCAUAGAGGUAUGCCGCCAAAUCUUUAGUCAACUGAGCAAAUUCUUUCGCUGUGAUAAGCCAGUAAAAUAAGCAGAUAUCUGGACCUUUGGAAAAUGGACAAACUUGAGGAACGUGCAAGGCUUGGAACUUAUCAAUCAACGUAAGCCUAAUCGUCUGAAAGGUGGGGUCUCGCGCAGUUUGGAUUGAUUUUAAUAUGAAUUUACGUAUAUUUGACUUUUGGAAAUGAGGGGUAUGUAGUGUGUUGAAAUACUCAAUGAAUAAUUUUAUUUCCAAUUCAUAUAGGCCGCAGGCCUUUGUGUACAAAAGUUGAGUACAGAAGGGUUUUAAACAUUCAGUUUCGUAUUUCUUACUUCAUUUGCAUAAUAUAGAUAUUUUGCUAGAUUUGUAGUAAUGUAUGUAUCUGGUGAUUUCAGAAGCAUAUUAAAUUUAUGAACGUUAGGAUGACAACAGAUCUUUGCUUUGAGAUAAAGUUGCCGUAACUUGACAUGCGAUGGACAAAUAAGCAGGAAGUGGUACUCGGUUUCAACACAGUCUAAUUUACAAAGUUUGCAUUUUCUUAAAUUUCUUGGGAUUUUAUAAUGACGUCCAUUCUCAAUUUCCAAAGUAUGACAACUCAGUCUGAAUCUCGUGAGGGUUGUUUUCAUAUUUUGCGAAUUAAGAAUGACAAAUAAGGUUCACAUUUAACAUAAGUUUUAAAACCAGCAUAAUAUGCCAUUUAUGAACUUGCAAGAAGUUCGCUAUGCCAGAUCUGCUGAAAAUUGUCUUUCAAACGUUGUUUAAACAUAUUAAGAAAAAUCUUUCGGUUUCCAUACAUUUGGAACCUCCAUACAUCUCCGAACACAACUUUACAAAGACAAUAGUGGAAAUAUUAGUGUUGAAAUACUACGAUUUAAUCCUAUUUUACCUGGUGCUAAAUCAAUCAAUCACUAGCUAGCUAAAUAGCUUUUACUGGUUUAUACUUAGUAAUAAGUAUCUUCUGUAUGCCGUAUAUCACCUAUUUUAUGAUUUGCAAAUAUAUAUAUAUAUGUACCUUAGAGUAAAAUUGUACUUCAUGCAAACAAAAGGAACUAAUAAAAUGUUUUAAUAAUCA